AUGAUUGCCCAAAAAAAAUUUCUGUUUCUUCUGAUUUAUUCAUUAGCUUUUUUCGUUCUGAUAAGCCAGAGAGGUUUUUUCCAAGAAAAAAGAACAAACGACUCUAAAGAUGAAACGAACCUGAAAUUUUUUAUCAACAACGGAUCCUACAUCCCUCAAAUAACGAACAUUCUUCCCUACAAAAUUCUCUACUCCCCGAAAAAACAGCUCGAAGAUAUCGACAUUAUUUUCGGCAUAAAAACAGUUUCAACGAAGCGUCAACGACGAGAUGUCAUACGAAGAUCUUUCGGAAACGCGAAUUUAUACAAGCAUAAAUACAGAGUCAAGUUUGUCUUUCUCCUCGGUCAAAGAGAAAGGGAUGAAAAUCUGGAAAUUCUUGAAGAGCUACAACUCCACGAUGAUAUUUUGUAUGGCGAGUUCAAGGAAAACUACUGGAACUUGACAGUCAAGGAGCAAAUGUUCUUCUCUUGGACGAAGCAAAACGCACCAAAUGUCAAAUUUGUCUAUCGCGGCGAUGAUGACACUUUUCUGAAUCCGCUUAAAAUAUUGGAGUUUUUCGACGAAAAAUGGGACCUCGCUGACGAUGAGGCGGCAAUGUGGGGAAUGAAAUUUGGCAGUGGAUAUGACUCAACGAUUACGAAACAAGAGUUCAGAGACAAAAUUUAA